AUGAAGUACCUCGCCGCUUACCUCCUGCUUAACGCCGCUGGCAACACCUCUCCCUCCGCUGCCGACAUCGAGAAGGUCAUCUCUUCCGUCGGUAUCGAGGUUGACUCCGAGCGAGUCGCCGCCCUUCUCAAGGACCUUGAGGGCAAGUCUGUUGACGAGCUCGUUGCCGAGGGUACCGAGAAGCUCGCUUCCGUUCCUUCCGGAGGUGCCGCCCCCGCUGCUGCUGGUGGUGCCGCCGCCGGCUCUUCCGACGCUCCCGCCGCCGAGGAGAAGGAGGAGGAGAAGGAGGAGUCCGACGACGACAUGGGCUUCGGUCUGUUCGACUAA